AUGCCAGACACUUUGAAACCCGAGGCGGCCGAGGAUAUGGUGAGGCAUGUCCACUACGACAACGAACAACUCAAGCCUCAACACGACGAUCGUGAAUACAUGUCAAGUGCUAGCGACGAGGACCUGAAAGCUGUCGAGGUCUCAUUUGACCCUACGAAUCCAUACCGUAGGAAAAGCUCCCUAGUAAGCAAUGACGCGGUAAUGCCGCAGAUGGACCGCCAGACUAGGAAAACGCAAUGCCUGGUGCACCAGAUCCUGGAGAGCCAUCGGCGACGUAGCGGUCACGAUAGCAUCACCCAUGAAAAUGGCAUGGAUCGCAUGGUCGAGCCAAAGGGCAAAGGCAAGGAUAAAGGCAGCCCCCCAAGGUCCAAAGUCGAGCCAGACAGCGCCGAGAGCACAGAUGCCGGGCAGCUUGACGAGAAAUCUUGGAAGUCGUCCAUCGACAAGACAGGAUCCGAACUCGACCUCAACAGCGAGCAACAUGCCGAACUCCACAGCAGGCUUCUUACCAAGAAGCAAUUGAGUGAGAUGGCUUGGGGCGUCCGCGAGUUGAGCAGGAGGCUAGGUAGUGUGCGCCUCAAGUUCAAGGCCAAGACUAUCUUCAUCCUCACCAAGAUCUACGACCAGGAGUUGAUACCCAAGACGAGGGAAGUGACUAAGUGGCUGCUGAGCCACGAGCGUGAUGUACGGUACACGGUCUAUCUUGAGGACGGGCUGAAGGACAACAAGAAAUUCGACGCCCAGGGAUUACUAGCCGAGACGAGGCAGGCAUACAUCGACGCUGGUGAGAUCGAACCAGACGCGCCCAGAGAGAAGCUUGCCGGCAGACUGAGAUACUGGAAUGAGGAAAUGUGCAGGAAGCGGCCGCACACGUUCGAUUUUGUCAUCACCUUGGGAGGCGACGGCACCGUAUUGUAUGCUAGUUGGCUCUUCCAACGCAUUGUUCCGCCAGUUCUCAGCUUUGCUCUGGGGAGUCUGGGUUUCAUGACCAAGUUCGAUUUUUCCGAAUAUGAGGACAUAUUGACCAAGUCAUUCAGGGAUGGUGUGAGCGUAAGUCUGCGCCUGCGCUUCGAAGGUACAAUCAUGAGGAGUCAGAAGAAAAAGAGAUCCAUCACAAACGGCAGUGAUGAGGACGACGAUGAAGCCCACAGGAGACGGGAUCUCGUUGAGGAGCUGAUCGGGGAAGAGAAGGAUGACGAGCAUACACACCGACCUGACGGCACGUAUGAGAUCCUGAAUGAGAUUGUGGUUGACCGGGGUCCGAAUCCGACGAUGUCAUAUUCUGAGAUAUUUGGUGACGACGAGCAUUUCACAUCAGUACUCGCCGAUGGUAUAUGUGUCUCGACACCGACAGGCUCGACAGCAUACAACUUGGCAGCAGGGGGCUCUCUUUGCCACCCUGAGAACCCCGUGAUGCUGGUGACAUCGAUCUGCGCGCACACACUAUCCUUCCGGCCCAUCAUCCUUCCGGAUACCAUCGUGUUGCGCAUCGGAGUUCCAUACGAUGCCAGAACGAAUUCAUGGGCCAGCUUCGACGGGCGCGAGCGUGUCGAGAUGUUCCCCGGCGACUACGUGACUAUUUCUGCCAGCAGAUUCCCGUUCGCGUCAGUGAUGCCGCAGGGCCGCCGGAGCGAGGAUUGGGUGAAUAGCAUCAGCGGCAAGCUAGGCUGGAACACACGCCAGAGGCAGAAGAAUGAAGGAUACAAGCCUUGGACGGCUUGA